AUGCGUCCUUCAUUCUGGGUUACUUGUAUAAUUUGCAGCCCAUUUGCGGCUGCGAUGGACAUUGUCAAUAUCUAUGCCCCCGCACACUUGCCUGAAGGAGCUUCAAAGCCCGUGGAGCAUUCGUUUGCGUCUUUCUCGUUUCCUGUUCACUUUUUUGCGGAUUAUGCGGGAAAUAAGAGUCAUCCAAAUCGCUUCUCCCAGGACAUUGUCAACCUUUUCUAUGAGAAGACCGGAUCAUGGCCGAACAUCCGCGUCGGUGGUACAUCAGGAGACCGCGCCAUCUACAAUGCCUCCCAGACACAGUCGAUCAUUCUCUCCGAAGAACUUGACAACGGCAUUCCCCUCGAAGUCUACCUUGGACCAACCUGGUUCGAAGGCUUCGAAACCUUCCCCACACCUUGGACCUUCGGCGUCAACUUAGCCAAUAACAAGAGUAACGCCCUGGAAAACGCCAUCGCCGAGGCUGAAGUAGCUUUGAAACAUAUCAAAGGCAAUCUGCUUGCUUUUGAGAUUGGGAAUGAACCAGAUCUUUACCCUGGCUCGGUGCGGCCACUGAAUUACACGGAGGCGGACUAUGUGCGUGAGUGGAAGUAUUUUGCAGAUGCUAUUUCCAGGCGUGUUAUGAAGGGGAAUAAGUAUGGGCUGGAUUGGUGGAAGAUUUACCAGGCUUUGACAUUUGUGUUUGGGUGGAGUGUGGCUGAGGCAUUCUGGAAAGAUGGAAUCGACAAUACUGGACAUGUCAAGUCGGUGUCGCAACAUCAAUAUGCUGCGGGGAAUGCAGAGUGGGUGCGCCUUGGAAAGUCAUUUAUGAACCACACGCUCAUCGCCGCAAACCUGACCCAAUACGUCCCAGCCAUGGAAGCUCUGCGAGCCUAUGACCCGAAUAUCCCGUUCCUCCUUGGUGAGACGAAUAGUGACUACGUCAAUCUAAACAUGGCUCAAGUAGAAGGUGUAUUUGGCAGUUCCCUUUGGCUGGUUGAUGACUUGCUUUACGGAAUGACUCUGGACAUAACCCGUUUCAAUCUAAUUCAAGGCACAACCUUCGGAUACACCGCAUGGGUCCCAGUUGAAUACAACGGCCAAGAUCCUAAAGUCAAGCCUCCGCUUUACGGCCAACUCGUCGCUGCAGACGUAAUUGGUCGUCACCCAACAGUCCAGGUCAAGUCUCUCGGUUUGGGACGGGAUGACUUGUCGGCAUACGCGGUUUACGAGUCGGGUAUGCUGGCCAAAUAUGUCGUUGUCAACCUUGACGAGUGGAACUCUACGACUACAUACCCUCGUCCUUCUCAGAAAGUAUCUCUGGGUGUACCAGAGGAUGUGCGUUCUGCUGAGGAUAAGAGGCUUACUGGGCCUGGUGCUAGUGCUGAUACGGGAAUUUCCUGGGGCGGGCUGAGCUGGAAUUAUACUGAUGGGCGACUUGCGCAGUCUGGUGAAGAGACCUCUGAUAUGCUACGAGUUAGUAAUGGGCGUCUUGAUUUAGAGUUGCCUUCUACUGAGGCUGUUGUUGUUGAGCUUCAUCGGAAUUAA